AUGGAGGCGGCGGCUCGGAGGCGGCAGCACCCGGGAGCGGCAGGCGGCCCCGGCGCGCAGCCGGGCGCCUCCUUCCUGCAGGCCAGGCACGGCGCCGUCAAGGCUGAUGAGGCCGCUGGCACGGCUCCCUUCCACCUUGACCUCUGGUUCUACUUCACCCUGCAGAACUGGGUUCUGGACUUUGGCCGCCCCAUAGCCAUGCUGGUGUUCCCUCUCGAAUGGUUUCCCCUCAACAAGCCCAGCGUGGGGGACUACUUCCACAUGGCCUACAACAUCAUCACGCCCUUCCUCCUGCUCAAGCUCAUUGAGCGGUGCCCCCGCACCUUGCCACGCUCCCUGAUCUACGUCAGCAUCAUCACCUUCAUCAUGGGGGCCAGCAUCCACCUGGUGGGCGACUCAGUGAACCACCGCCUGAUCUUCAGUGGCUACCAGAACCACCUGUCGGUCCGUGAGAACCCCAUCAUCAAGAAUCUCAAACCAGAGACGCUGAUCGACUCCUUUGAGCUGCUCUACUACUACGAUGAGUACCUGGGCCACUCCAUGUGGUACGUCCCCUUCUUCCUCAUCCUCUUCAUGUACUUCAGCGGCUGCUUCACUCCCACCGAAGCCGAGAGCUCAAUGCCAGGGGCGGCCCUGCUCCUGGUGGUGCCCAGCGGCCUGUACUACUGGUACCUGGUCACCGAGGGCCAGAUCUUCAUCCUCUUCAUCUUCACCUCCUUCGCCAUGCUGGCCCUCGUCCUGCACCAGAAGCGCAAGCGCCUCUUCCUAGACAGCAAUGGCCUCUUCCUCUUCUCCUCCUUCGCCCUCACCCUCCUGCUCGUGGCGCUCUGGGUCGCCUGGCUGUGGAAUGACCCCGUACUCAGGAAGAAGUACCCGGGCGUCAUCUAUGUCCCCGAGCCCUGGGCCUUCUACACCCUGCACGUCAGCAGCCAACACUGA